AUCAAUAUUACUACUACUCUAUAAAAAUGGCAGGACCUAUUCAUAUAAAACGGUUCCACUGCUUGCAAUAAAUCUAAAUUCCUCAGUCCUUUUCUCUUCUCUCAGUAAAAUAAGCCAAACCGUCACUGCAUAUCUACUCAUAUUUCCUUUUGAAUUUUCACAGAAUUUUUUCUGUUCUUAAUUAGAUCGGCUUAACUUGUUUUCAUUGCUCUUCCAAUGGAUGCUUUCGAUUUUCGUACUGAAAAAAUGGAAAACAGAGUGAUUCUGAUAUUCCACAGUUUCAAAAGCGUUGCAAAGCUUUUUCGCAUCGUUGAGCUUUGCGUUGGAGUUUUUGUGCUUUUAUGGAGUUCUACUCGGUUGCCUUUUGUCGUCAAAAUCUCCGGCGAGUAUUUCAGGCAACUUAUCUCCAUAAUACUUAGCCCUCUCUUCAUUUUCCUUAUAAGCAACGUCAUCGUCCUCACUCUCUUCUUCAAAUCUGGCCGAUUCUCCGGCGAUUCAUCAACGAUCUCAAAUAACACCGAAACUGAGCUCUACGAUUCAUUCGUCGAAAAGGAAGAGUGCACCGGCAAUUUCACCGCCGGAAACUCCUCUUCAACUCCGUCGCGGGAACAAACUGUUUAUCAAGACAAACAGACUAUACUUGAAGUAAAUGCUCAGACGAUUUCGGAAUCAAACCGUUCCAAAGAAACAGAGACGGAAACUGAAAAGGAUUUUUAUUCACAAAUUCCACGGAGAACUAAAUCGGCGAAGUUUGAAAAGGGAAGUAACAAGGAAAUAUACGGUAAGCUCCGUAGAUCGGAGACAGAGAAGUGCCGGCAAAUCGAUAAUUCCGGUGAUACGUCGGAAACGGUUUAUCCAGUGGAUAAAUUAAGCAAUGAGGAGUUUCAGAAAGCCAUUGAGGAUUUCAUUGCUAGGCAAAUCAAAUUUCAUCAGGAAGAGAAGUUGGCUAUUGUUCUUCAUAGCUAAACUUAUAACGUAUAUUUCCUAUUUACUGUAUUAUUAUCCAUUAAAAGAAAAAUAAAAGUAAAAAUUAAGAACAUAAAAAUAUAAUUAGGGGUUAAUGUACAGAGGUGUAAUGAAUAAUAGGAAGGAGGCGUAAAUCUGAUGGGGAAAUAGGGGGACAGUGUGUAGCUGAUCUGAGCCGUUGAUAUUUGCAGCGGAUAAGAAGAUUCAGAAAUUCCCUGAAUGUGUUGGCGCUCGCUGUUUUACAAGAGUGAGCUAUGGUUAUUAGGCUCAGAAAGUUAAAAGUGUGCUUUGCUUUUCUUUCUUUGUAUUAAAAUUAAUUAAUCAAGAUGGAAAAAAGGUGGGAAUGUAUUCUCAAAUUCCCACUUAUGUUAUUCUUCUUUUA